GCCGGGCGACGUGCUUACGUGUCGGAGAGUAACCGUCAUGGAGCGGGGACUAAGGCGAAAGCGGCGGUCGCCGCAGCCCCAGCCUCCCGGGGAGCGCGUGGUGCCAUGAGUCCCGCUGCCGCCAGAUUCAGCCCACAAGAGAACAAACCCAGCAGCACUCACGCUGGCUAAUUUUAGCUAAUAACCACUCUGCCUGAUUGCUGUGGCAGCAAGUGAGAGAUGGAUAAGGCUUCCUUGUUGUGGCAUUGAACUGUAUACGUACGUCCUACUUGGACUACUCUUGCAAUUCAAACCCAUCAUGACAGGCUCUACUUCCAAUGCCCACCACGGCCCCCAUCCCAAGGGAGCCAAAGGGGGCCGGUCAAGGAGCACUCAUGCACGGCCUGUCAGCACAGCCAACAACGGGGGCUCAGAAGAAGAAGACAAAGAUGGAGGGGUGCUUUUCCUCGUCAAUAAAAGUGGCUUCCCGAUCGACGGGCAGACCUGGGAGAGGAUGUGGGUGCAUGUGGCAAAGGUGCACCCUGCAGGCAGAGAGAUGGUGGAGACAAUAAGGAAUGCUGCAUACCUGGCUAAACCUUCAGUGCCACCAGUGCCAAACUACAGGCUCUCCAUGUCUGUCCCAGAAUGGCUUCAAGCAAUACAGAAUUACAUGAAGAUGCUGCAAUACAAUCACACAGGAACUCAGUUCUUUGAAAUUAGGAAAACAAGACCUCUAAGUGGGUUAAUGGAGACGGCUAGAGAAAUGACCAAGGAAUCCUUACCUAUCAAAUGCCUUGAAGCAGUUAUCCUGGGGAUAUACUUAACCAAUGGGCAGCCUUCCGUGGAACGAUUCCCAAUCAGCUUUAAAACCCACUUCUCAGGAAACUAUUUUCAUCAUGUGGUGCUUGGGAUUUACUGCAAUGGCCGAUAUGGCUCACUGGGCAUGAGCAGAAGAUCAGAUCUGAUGGACAAACCUUUGACCUAUCGAACCCUGACUGAUCUUGUCUUUGAAUUUGAAGAUUCCUAUAAAAAGUAUUUACAUUCAGUCAAAAAAGUAAAAAUUGGAUUAUACGUCCCGCACGAGCCACACAGCUUUCAGCCCAUUGAGUGGAAGCAGCUGGUCCUCAAUGUAGCAAAGAUGAUGCGGACGGACAUAAGGAAGGAGCUGGAGAAAUAUGCCAGAGAUAUGAGAAUGAAGAUUCUGAAACCCUCAAGUGCCCACUCUCCAAUCAAAGAGAGAUCACGAGGCAAGUCACUGUCCCCUCGCCGAAGGCAAGUCAGCCCUCAGAGACGGGUGUGCAGAAGAGACAAAUCGCCUGCAGUGAUGGACAAGAAAGUGGGUGAUCUCACUACAUUGAAUGAAGUGGGCUAUCAACUACGCAUCUAACAAAGCCAUAAACCAGAUGGAGGGCUUCCAUGGUGCUUCACUGCAUAUUACCCUACGCUCUGUUGGAAGGAAGGGGGGUAAAAAAAAAGAAAAGAAAAGAAACCGGGCCUAUUUAUUAAGAACUUGUGGAUUUUAUUUAAAGUUGCACUUAGAAAAUAGAAAUUCUAGAAUAACGAUGGCAGUAUUAUCUGUUUUUAAGUUCAUUAAGUGGCAUCAAUGAAAAACUAAAUUAUCUUCACCAGGCUUUCUUCCCCCCAUCAAAUAGGAGGGAACUACUGUGGUGGGUUUUUUUAAUUAAUUUAAAUAAUUGUUUCUAAUCUAUUUAAUUGGCUUUGAAUGUUGUGCUACAUUGGUAGUAUUAGGAGUGGUGAUGAAAUCCUAUUUCUCGUUAGUGUUAAUGUGCUGGGGGCAGUCAGUUUAAACAGUCAGUAUUAAUUUUAUUCAGCAAUAAAAAUAGCAGUGCAGAGGUGGAUGUGACUUUUUAAAGUGUCUAUUACCUCAGUAUAGAACAGAUAUGCAAAACUGACCAUUUUAAUUUUAUAAUCAAUUUGUAGUUUUCCAGCAUUUCUGGGAGUACUAUAGAACUGCAUUAGAUGCACCCCACCACUCUUAUCAUGUGCAUGCCUAUGAGAGAGUGUGUAAGGUUUGAUUAUAUGCAAGUGUCUUCUUGAAAGCACUGCUGUCUUAUUAGAAAUACAGAGAACCGGCUGAGGUUUCUGUUGGGUUUUUUAAUAACCAGCCAACAAUGAAUUUUUAAAAUUUCAUAUUUUUUUUAAACUUUGUCACAAGCUUUUAAACUUUGCAGACUAGACUGUUAAAGCACAAGACCUGGAGAUCAUUGUUUUGUAGAGACUAGCAUUUGCAUUGUAUUAACAGUCAAACUGUGUGUACAGUCUCAGAUUCACAAGGAAAUGUCAGAAUCAAAAGGCUUCCUUGAGAGUUUACUUUUCUAUUCAUAUUUGUGUGUAAUUUUGAAUCAUUUGUCUUUGAAGGUUAAACAGUAUAAGGUGAUGAUGCCUUUGUGUCUUAUAUUAAGAUCAGACAUCACAACUUAGGGAAGGUUCUUGUUUAUAUGCAUUACAGUAACUUACAGUGACCUUUAAAAAGACCUGGCUAAAGAAAUUCUUAUUAGAAUAAGUGUAGCAAUAAUAGUUGAUUUUCAGAUAUUUUUUUCAAGAACAAGUUUGUCUAUCUCCUUCUUCGUUAUAGUGUCCUUUUACUGAUGGAUUUAACUAGCACUAUGGAUGUAUGGCUGGAUUUUCAAACCAGCUGAGCUCCCAUUUAGGAACCUAAGUAGUCAGAUUUCUGAAAUGGUCAGAUUUUCAAAGUGCUCCACACGCAGGAGUUCUCAUUGAACUCUGAGAGUUAGUGGGUGCUGAGUACUUGAAAGUUUAGCCAUUUCAUUUAGGUGCAUAAAUGGGAGCUGAGCUGUUCCGAAAAAGCUAGCCUAUACACCAGGGGUGGGCAAACUUUUUGGCCUGAGGGCCACAGCGGGGUUCCGAAACUGUACGGAGGGCUGGGUAGAGAAGGCUGUGCCUCCCCAAACAGCCUGGCCCUCGCCCCCUAUACACCCCCUCCCACUUCCCGCCCUCCCUCAGAACCCUCCCACCCAUCCAAUCCCCCCCCACGCCCUGUCCCCAACUGCUUCAUCCCCUAUCCACACUUCCACCCAGAUAGGUCUCCCAGGACUCCUACACCUAUCCAACCCACCCUGUUCCCCAUCCCGACUGCCCCCACCCCCCAGAAUCUCCACCCAUCCAACUGCUGCGGCGCUGCCCGGCAGGAGCUUGCAGCCCCUUGUGAGAAGUAGGAGUCCCAUAUUUUUAAUAAAUAUUUAGCUGUUAAGAGAAGUCAGUCCCCAAAGUUGGAGUCUGAUUUUCCAUGGCCUUGCAGCUUGCAUUUUUACAUGCUCACAGUGUAAGUGGGACUACUCACUUUAAAAGGUGUGAAUGAGGGUGCAAGGCCAAAGACAUUUUGGUGGGGCAGGGAGGGGGGAAUGUGGCCAUUUUGUUAUAAAGUACAGUAAAUCAACUGCCUUAGUACUUUUAAUGUCAGAUGGAAAAGUUUCCCCAAGCGAGCUAGUACAUAAACACUGAAUAAUAUAUUGAUCUGUUGUCUGGCCUUUCUUACGCCUGGAGGAAGUGAACGUGACUUUUUAUAAAAAGAGGUGGAAUUUUUGCAAUAUGCAAUGGUGAAAUAAGCUACAAAAUGACUAUAGAACAAGUUAAGGCCCCAUUCUGGCAAUGAGCUGUGGCAGGUCCUGCUGCAAUUGAAUAGGGCUCCAGUGAAAUUGGCUGGGUUUGCUGCAGAUGUAUUUGGAGCUCAUUGCAAGAUUGGGGUUAUGUAUCUAUCUCCCCUUCCCCCCCAAUAGCAAACAAAAAAACAGCUGGUAAUUUCUUUUCCUAAUUCACAUUUCAUUUUGAUUUCUCAAAACGAUUCCCCUUCUGUCUGAAGAACAGCACCGGUGAGGAUGACCUGCAUGCAUUGGAUGAAGUGAGCUGUAGCUCACAAAAGCUUAUGCUCAAAUAAAAUUGUUAGUCUCUAAGGUGCCACAAGUCCUCCUUUUCUUUUUGCGGAUACAGACUAACACGGCUGCUACUCUGAAACCUGAAUUUAGAGGAUUUCCUUUUCCCAAGUUAUGGAGAGGGUUCCUUGCAGUGAAACGUAAGGUUUCAUUACAGCCCACAUCCUUUUUGUUUUGUGUAUUUAUCAGGUCGUCUUUGCUUUAAGAUAGGUUUUGAAUAGGAUAGGGUUGGGGGGGAGGGAGAGGGGAGAGGUUAGGUGUGGGAGUAAAGAGUGGGGAAAGAUCAUGAUUUGUAUUAGUGUCAAAUUUUAAACCGUUACGAUUAUCAAUAGAAUUUCAAUUCUAAAACAAAUGUACUGCUCAGUUUUGUGACCCUGUAAGCAUAAGCCAACUCCUAGCUUACACAACAGGUUCCUCAUUAAUGAAGGGAUAAGGAAAAUAAGGUUUAGUUAAGCAACAGCAGCCUUGAUUUUAACUGUACUUUUGUGCCAUUAGAAUACACUUGAUUUUGAAAAAUCAUUUUUUCUACAGUACCCUGACUGUUUUGCAGUUCUUCCAACUCGAUGAUGUGGUUUUACCGGCAUCCAGAGUAUUUUGGGUUAUAUGUUUUAUCUGAACUUCUAACUUACUAAACCGAAGCUUUUCUAAACUAUAAAGCUGUGACAAAUUAUUUUGUACGUUGUUUGUUUUGAAGUACAAGUGAAUUUUGUUAAUUCUCUUUAAAUUUGCUCUUGCAUUUUCAUUUUUGUCUUACCUUUUAAAACUGUGAUUCCAACUGCCUGUUUUUCUAGCUCAUUGCAAAUUUGUCAAAUGAUAUUCUAGAAGAAUACAUGUGCAUGGUUGCGGGUCUUGCUUUUCUCAUCACUUGUAUGUUUAUGUGCAGCAUGGAAUUUUAAUAAAAUGUCUUGGUUUUUUUUUUAAUA